AUGUGUUUGCCAAGGCUGCGUCAACGUGUCGCUCGACGACCCAGGCUAAAAACCGAAGCCCAAGCUCCUCCUGACCACUCCUUUCUCUCUCUCACUCACAUUCCACACUCUGCUCAACAGUCAGCCGACAAUCUGGACUUUGACGCUCGAGUCCCCAUUCCGAUUAGUGUCUUCCCGUCGACGUACCGGAGUGACGCUACUUCCGAAGACUCUACCACGACCAAGGUAGAAGGGGAAGUUCAAGUUCAGGGUCGCCCCUCGCGCGGACGGGAAGAUACUCGGAUCUCCAAGGAGCAGCUCGAUAUCAACAUCAAGGACGACCGCCGCAAGGAUCGCGACGACGUUCAUAUCUACGAGAAGACUGACCGCAUCAUCCGUGACGAUCGGUACCCCGAGGUAGAGCUCACCAGAGAGAAAUACAGAGCACCUGAUCAGUACUACAAGGACGCCAAGGUUGACAUCGAAGUCGACCGCAAAGACUCCCGCGAACACUACGACGUCGAGUACGACCGACGUCAGACCUACGACCGCGAAGCUCGUAAUCAGUUAGACGAGACCGAGCGAGACUACCGCCGCCGCACCAACACCUACGACGUCGAGUACGAGCGCCGCCGCCCUACUACAGACGUCCGCGUCGAAGAGAGCAUCAAGCUCGACAAGCACAAGCGUGAUAUGGGCUAUUACGACGACGAGGGUCACUACCACAGCUUCCGCCGUGGUCUCGAACGUGCCGCUGACCGCCUAGUCCACCCAUUCUCUCAUCGUCACCACCACCAUCACCACCACGCCACCGAGGUCUCUGACGACCGCCGUCCCGAAGCCGUUGAGGAGGUUGCCGGUCCAAGCCGCGUUAGAGACGGAGCUCGUGAUCAAGUCCGCUUUGUUGAGCCCCGCCGCGCCAUGUCUCGCUUCGACACAGUAACCAUCCCCUGCCACUUUAUCCGCGUCGGCGACCUUGUGAUUCUGCAGGGCCGUCCUUGCGAGGUCAUCCGUAUCAGCUUGUCUUCCCAGACUGGUCAGUACCGCUACCUCGGCGUGGACCUCUUCACCAAGAAGCUGCAAGAGGAGUCGAGCUUCAACACCAACCCCGAGCCAUCUGUCUAUGUGCAGAGCAUGCUCGGCCCCGUCUUCAAGCAAUACCGCAUCCUUGACAUCCGUGACGACGGCCUCCUCGUCUGCAUGACCGAGACCGGCGACAUCAAGCAAGGCCUCUCCGUCAUCGACAACAACGGCCUCUUCAGCAAAAUCGAGGGCUCCUUUAACGAUGGUCGUGGCUCCGUCCGUGCCCUUGUCAUCAACGACGGCGGUCGUGAGCUGGUCGUUGACUACAAGGUCAUCCACGGCUCUCGCCUGUAA